AUGUCAUGUGGAGAAAGAAACGCCCUAAAGAGAAAGAAACGCCAGGAGGAGGAGGAGGAGGAGGAGGAGGAGGAGGAGGAGGAGGAGGAGGAGGAGGAGGAAAUAGUUGGUGUCGUUUUGAGAAGUAAAAGGAAAAACAUCGAAGCGGAUAUUUUUGUCAAGGGAGGAUCUUUAUUUGUAACCAGUAACUUUCUGCUUGAGGAGAAUGAACACCCUAUACCGGGAAAUCCUCGAUACAAGCCAAAUCUUAAACAACGGACCCCAGAUAAUAUCAAAGGUGUUCAUUUCAGAAGACCUCCAGAUAAAACUAAACCUGAACAGAUUCUUUCAACCAGACGUAAAGAUGGUCUGAUAGCUAGUGGAUUAAAUGAAGAUGAUCUAAAGUCAGAUCUGAAAGUGCUUUUGAAAGCCUCCAAGAUACUGAGAAAGGAUAUUGCAACCUCCUGUCUAUGGAAGUUUCAUGGAACAUUUGCUGAUUAUGAACCACCUACAUAG